AUGGAGUCUACAUCUGCUGCAUUCCACAAAGACGGGGCCUUCUACAUCGAGUCCGUUGUGUUCCAGGCUGGUACCACGCUCUUCAAAGUCCCAGUCUACUAUCUCCCAAAAGGCGAAGGUGUAUUCCAAGAUUUGCUCGCUCUUCCCAACCACAACAAAGAGGGCAAUGGCGACAGUAACCCCAUCACCCUUCCUGCCCAGAUCACUGCGGAGGACUUUCACAGUUUCUUGAACUUUAUCAUGCCUGCUCCCAUUCAUGUCCCGCCGCGGAAAGUGACAAUUCCCGAAUGGUCGUCCGUCUUCCAGCUAUCCUCGAUGUGGUGCUUGGAGGUCGUCCGUGUCAAGGCGUUGGCCGACGCGGAUAAGCAAGUGAUUGCCGUUGAAGAUCCCGUUACACUUGUCUUGAUGGGCAAAGAUCACCACGUCGCGCGCUGGCUUGUCGAGGGUUACAAGAGGCUCUGUGUGAACCCUCAGUUUCUGAAGCGGGAGGAACAGAUCAAGAUCGGCUUCGAGACGGUUUCCCGGCUGGCUGAGAUCCGCGAGCGUAGCUGGAAGUGGGCCUCAACCGCAGAGACGCAACAUAUCCAUCGAUACAACGCUAGGAAUGGCGUUUACACGGCUGGAACAGUUCAGGUCAGCACAAGGGACAGGCUGAUGUACGACUUCACGCGGGCCAUUCACCAGCUCUUUGAGGAUGAGCUGUUGCUGGAUAAGACAUACGUGUCACCUUUCCGGAACUAA